AAGGAAGCACGGAAGUGCUCCAUACGGGGGGUCUGUCUGAGCGUCCGCGGUCCACUCCAACCUCUCUCCCCUUCCCUUUGACUCCCCUGUCUUUCUGCCCGGCUCGCACCGCCGUGAGCGCGGAGCCCGAGAUGAAUUCCACGGCGUACUCGCGGCCGUCGAAGCUGCCGGGCGGCGCCGGCGGCGAGAGGAGGCCGCCGCGGCUCAUGAGGGGCUUCGCCGCCAAGAUCGAGCCCAAGAAGCUGGGCGCCGGCCUCCUCGCUGGCUGCUGCCUCGCGCUCCUCACCUACGUCUCCCUCGCCAAGCUCUUCGCCAUCUACUCCCCUGUAUUCGCUAGCACGGCCAACACGUCCGGCCUGCUGCAGAACUCCCCGCCCUCCUCCUCCUCCGUGCCGGAGACGACGGAUGCCAUUCCGGCCGAAGCAACAUUUGUUGGCCGAAAGAACGACGACCCCGCGGCGGAUCCCGUCGACUUCCCAGAGGAGGGCCCGUCCAUGGAUGGGUCACAAGAACCCGGGUUGCCGGAGGUAGUCUCGAGGAAGGAAGACGAUGCAGAGAAGGCGAUCGCGGCGACCUCGCAGCCAAAGCCAUCUGAGGAGGAUAGCGCCGCAGCCGGAGCCGGAGAGGGGACGCCGCCGGCGAAGAUGACCUGCGACGAGAACGGCGUGGACGAAGGGUUCCCCUACGCGCGCCCCGCUGUCUGCGAGCUCUCGGGCGACAUCCGCGUGAGCCCCAAGGACAAGACCAUGUACCUCGUGAACCCGUCCGGCGCCGCCGCCGGCUUCGACGAGAACGGCGAGAAGCGGCUCCGCCCCUACGCCCGCAAGGACGAAUUCCUCCUCCCAGCCGUCGUGGAAGUCACCGUCAAGUCCGUCCCCUCCGCAUCCGGCGCGCCGCGCUGCACGAAGCGGCACCGUGUGCCCGCGGUGGUCUUCUCCGUCGCCGGCUACACGGACAACUUCUUCCACGACAACACGGACGCGCUGAUCCCUCUGUUCCUGACGACGGCGCACCUCAAGGGUGAAGUCCAGCUUCUGAUCACCAACUACAAGCCAUGGUGGGUGCAGAAGUACACGCCCGUGCUCCGCAAGCUCUCCAACUACGACGUGAUCAACUUCGACGACGAGGACGGCGGCGCCGUGCACUGCUUCCCGGACGGCUACCUCGGCCUGUACCGCGACAGAGACCUCAUCAUCUCCCCGCACCCGACCCGCAACCCGCGGAACUACACCAUGGUGGACUACAACAAGUUCCUCCGCGGCGCUCUAGAGCUCCCCAGGGAGAAGCCCGCCGUGCUCGGGGAAGAACCCGGGAUGCGUCCCAGGAUGCUCAUCAUCUCCCGCAGCGGGACACGCAGGCUGCUGAACCUGGACGAGGUGUCGGCGGCGGCGUCCGAGCUCGGGUUCAACGUGACCGUGGCCGAGGCGGGGGGCGAGGCCGACGUGCCGGCGUUCGCGGCGAUGGUGAACUCCGCCGACGUGCUGCUGGCGGUGCACGGGGCCGGGCUGACCAACCAGAUCUUCCUCCCCACCAACGCCGUGGUGCUGCAGAUCGUGCCUUGGGGGAACAUGGACUGGAUGGCGACAAACUUCUACGGGCAGCCGGCGAGGGAGAUGCAGCUCCGGUACGUGGAGUACUACGUCGGGGAAGAGGAGACGAGCCUCAAGGACAAGUACCCGAGGGAUCACGUCGUGUUCAGGGACCCCAAGGCGCUCCACACGCAGGGAUGGGAGACGCUCGCGGACACCAUCAUGAAGCAGGACGUGCAGGUCGAUCUUAGCAGGUUCCGGCCUUUCUUGCUGCAGGCCAUCGACAAGCUACAGGAGUAGCAUUGCAUUGCACCGGCCAUCCAUCAUUUUCGUCUCUAGCUUCCAUCCCAUCCCAUCCCAUCCCAUCCCAUCCCAUCCCAUCCCAUCCCAUCCCACGUACACACAGAACAUGUACACAAGCAAACGCGAUCGAGAAAGAAGACAUAAACAGGGGAACAAUUUAUAUAUGUAUGUAUAUUAGUGCUAGUUACAACAACUGCUGCUGCUGGAAAGGGAGGAUCUGAUCGAUCAAAGCAGGAGGUUUUUUUACAUCAAUUCGUUGGUUGGUUUUGUAACCAUUAUGGACAGUGCGACAAAAUGUUCAUUUUUUGUUCUUCACUUCACUUAAUUGCCAUUCAGUUUUUUUUUU